ACAUAAAAAGGUUUUGAUUUAACGAUUUCGAUUUUAAAUUAUUAUAUUUAUUCUAUAUUUUAGCACAUAUUAAAAUAAAAAUUAAAUUUACUGACAAGUUUUAUCAAAUUUGAUAAGAAAGUAACUGAAAGAAAGCAAUGUUUUUCAUGUCAUGAAGCCUGGUCACUCUGUUGCCCUUUGAUUAUAUUUUGUCCGAGCAAUAACCUUUCAAAAGUUGAAUUAAACAUGCAACCUGCUCUAAAAACAAUCAACGCCACUGGCAAGCACACUGCUUCUGUGAUAUUCUUCCACGGAUCCGGGGACACCGGCCCGAAUGUGCUGGAAUGGGUGCGCUUUUUGCUUGGCCGGGAUCUGGAGUACCCACACAUAAAGAUCAUCUAUCCUACGGCGCCGCUUCAAAAGUACACACCAUUGGACGGCCAGCUGUCCACAGUUUGGUUUGAUAGAAAAUCUGUCAACAUUGCCGCACAGGAGAGCAAGAAGAGCAUGUCCCGGUGCUACGAAUCGGUGAACAAACUCAUCGAUGAAGAGGUGGCCAACGGAAUUCCUCUAAACCGAAUUAUUGUGGGCGGAUUCUCCAUGGGCGGGGCUUUGGCUUUACACACGGGCUAUCACUUGCGUCCCGAACUGGGCGGCGUGUUCGCCCACUCCUCAUUCCUAAAUCGUGGCUCUGUGGUCUACGAAUCCCUUCAGAACAGUAAAGCCGAAGCUCUGCCAGAACUCAGAAUGUUUCACGGGGAACGGGACACCCUGGUACCACAGGACUGGGGUCAGGAAACAUUUGAGACCCUUAAAAAGUUCGGGGUCAAGGGCACAUUCCAUCCGCUAAGGAACACACUGCAUGAACUGAAAACCGCAUCAUUGACGGAUCUGCAGAAAUGGAUACAGGACAAGCUGCCACCCCUAGAGAACCAAGUGCAAAAUAAACUUUAACUGUGUUUGGCAUAAAACCCGUACAAUUGGCAGCAGCGCAGAGGCAAGCCUUUCCUUCGUUUAUGUUUUUGGACUGAUCCUCUCCGCCGUAGUGGAAACACAAUUCCUCCUGUGCCUCAAUGUCUCGGGCUGCAAAUAUUCCUGCCGAUACAGACUCAAACUUAUUCCAGUAACUGGAGAAAAGCCAUCAAUAAAACCUACCUAAUUUUGGUAUAGGACAGUCUA